AUGACCCAGAACGACACCGAGCGGGACGCCGGGCCUGACGGCGAGGCUACCGAGUUUGAUGUCGAGUUUCUUGGUCGGCAGCGGCCGGCUGUCUUCAAGUCGCAGUGGUCCGAACUGGGCUUCUGCUUCUCGCUGCUGGGAUCAAUGUUGAUGGCGGAAUACUUCGUCAGCGGCUUCCACAUCAUCCUUCCGCCGCUCGCCACGGAGCUCAACAUCCCCGCGGCAUCCCAAACAUGGCCGUCGAGCGUCUUCUCCCUCGUCACGGGCGCCUUCCUGCUGCCGCUUGGUCGGCUGGGUGACAUGUACGGCGGCUAUCUGACCUUCAACAUAGGUCUCGCCUGGUUCUUCCUCUGGUGUCUCAUCGCCGGCUUCAGCAACAACUAUCUCAUGCUGAUCUUCUGCCGUGCUCUGCAAGGCCUGGGCUCCGCAGCUUACCUGCCUGCGGGCAUCAUGCUUCUCGGCAAGACCUACCGACCGGGGCCGCGGAAGAACCUCGUCUUCGCGCUCUACGGCGCCUUUGCGCCCAUCGGCUUCUUCUUCGGAAUCCUCAUUGGCGGCGUGUCCGGCCAGUUCCUAAACUGGCGUUGGUACUUCUGGCUCGGCAGCAUUGUCCUGGGCCUCAUCACCGCAGUGUCGUUCCUGACGAUACCGCAUGACUACCGCGACAAGCGCCGCGAGGUCCGCAUGGACUGGUGGGGUGCCAUGACGAUCGUCCCCGGACUGCUGCUGGUGGUCUACGCCAUCACGGACAGCUCGCACGCGCCCAACGGGUGGGCGAGCCCGCAGAUCCUCGUUACCCUGAUUCUGGGCCUCGCCUUCCUGGUGGCUGCCUGGUACGUCGAGAGCCGCGUCGCCGCGGAGCCGCUGCUUCCCGGCGACCUGUUCGCGCCCAAGUCCAUGAAGACGCUGGUGGCGGCGCUCUUCUUCGCCUACGGCACCUUUGGCCUCUUCCUCUUCUACUCGAGCUUCUACAUCGAGACGGUGCUGCACGUGUCGCCGCUGUUGACGGCGGUAUGGUACGUGCCCCUCAUUGUAGGCGGCGUCAUCAUCGGUACCGUCGGCGGUUUUACGCUGCACCUGCUGCCCGGCCGGAUCCUGCUCGCCAUCUCGGGAACGGGCAAUGUCAUGAGCGUGCUGCUCUUCGCCAUCAUCCCCGAGAACCCCAACUACUGGGCGUACGUCUUCCCGGCCAUGGUCUGCGGCACCAUCGGCAUCGACAUCACCUACACGGUCAGCAACGUCUUCAUCACGACGAACCUCCCCGCCCACAGGCAAGGUCUCGCGGGCGCGCUCAUCAACAGCCUCCUGUUCCUGGGCAUCAGCUUCUUCCUUGGCAUCGGUGACGUGGUUGUAGGGGAGACGAGCCACCUCGGGCCGCGCAAGAGCUACCAGGCGGCCUUUUGGCUGGCCACCGGCGUCGCGGGCGUCGCCUUGGUGCUUUACGCCUUCGUCCAGAUCGGGUCCGCGAAGAGCGACCUCACGAUGGAAGAGCGCGAGCAACUCGAGGCCGAAGCUCGACAGCAGGGACAGGCGGUGCCAGUUUCCGAGAACACCACGCACAGCGCCGGCGUUCAGAACACUUCGGCGACGGCGACCGACACCGACGCGGAAAAAUCAAAGCUGCCAGCGCCGGAGGGCCAGGUCCCGGCGAGAUGA